CUCGUUUUGAUAUAAAUAUUGGACGCGGCCAAUGAAACGGUAUCAUUGAUCACAGUGACUUCGGUAGGAACAUACUUUCCAGCAUCAACACAAUGGCUUUCAAGUUCGUCGUUUUCCUGGCUUCGUUGGCAGUCGCCAGCGCUGGAUAUCUGGAGGCUCCAGUGUCGUAUGCUGCCCCAGCUCACUACUCGCCAGCAUCGGCUGUGAGCUACAGCACUCUGUCGCAGGCUGCUCCUUUGGCCAAGACCCUGACCUACGCCGCCCCAGCCGUGGCCAGCUAUGCCGCUCCAACCUACAGCUAUGCCGCCCCAGUUGCCAAGACCUACGCCUACUCUGCCCCAGCUUAUGGAGCCACCCAUGAGAGCACUGUCCGCUCCCAUGAUGCUACCGUCUCCCACUACUCCAAGGCCGUCGAUACCCCGUACUCCAGCGUGCGCAAAUCCGAUACCCGUAUCACCAACGAAGCCCCUAAACUGGCUUAUGCUGCCACCUAUGCUGCUGCCCCAGCAUACGCUACCUACUCGCACGCCCCAUCGGUUGCCACUUAUGCUCAUGCCGCCCCAGUUGCUGUUGCCAAGCAGGUGAGCUAUGCUGCCCCAGCUCUCACCUAUGCUCAUGCUGCCCCAGCUGUUGCCACCUACGCCCAUGCUGCCCCGGUAGUCACCAAGCAACUUAGCUAUGCUGCCCCAGCUGUUGCCACCUAUGCUCAUGCUGCCCCAGCCGUUGCUACUUAUGCUCAUGCUGCCCCAGCUGUUGCCACCUAUGCUCAUGCCGCCCCAGCGUACACUAGCUACGCCCAUGCUGCCCCAGCUGUCGCUACCUACGCCCAUGCUGCCCCAGUCGUCGCUGCCCACGCCACCAAGACUUUGACUUACUCGCCAGCUGUUGAAGUUGCCCAUGUGUCCUACGAUGGAACCCACGCCCACUACGGCUGGUAAUUCGCUGAUCACUGAUCCAAUGAUCCUGAAAAAACAUCCCCUUCCUUAACUCUCAAAAAGCAAACCUCCCCGAGGAACUUUAUUUAUUAAACUGUUAUGUUGUUAGCCGAGUUGAAACUGCAACAAUUAGCACUCACGUUGUUUCUUCCCUUCUACGGGAAGAAAUGGCCAUGCUGAGUGCCAAUACCUGUGUAAAAAGACCAAUAAACUAAAACAGAACGAA